CUAAACUCGCAAGUCUCAAGAAGUUUGGGGGGUUUAAGGGAAAACCUUAAAUCCUAUCGUCUCUUUUCCUCCACAGCAAAAUUCCCCAACUCCAAGGAGUUCGUAAUUCUGCAAAUCCACAUGGAAUCCAAAGAAGAUGAAGCCCUCCCCAAACGGAGCAAACCCACUGAAAUUCAGUCCAUUUCAAGCAAAGAUUCAGUCUUAUCAAUGCCUAAUCUUCCUGAAGAACUCAUCACUGAAAUCUUGUUAAAGCUUCCGGUGAAAUCUCUCUUACAAUUCAGGUCUGUUUCAAAAUCGUGGCUUUCUUUAAUCUCUAGCCCUGAUUUUGUGAAGACCCAUCUCUUAUUAUCCGCUAGUAACAAGGACUACACCCAUCAUGGAGUUAUGAUUAAGGUUUCUAAUGCUAACCGCGGUGUCAAGGACUGUUCUCUUAGCGCUUUACUUUACGAUUCUGUACCUGAGGCAUUUGACUUGGAUUAUCCUGGUCAAAUUCCCGAUGGUUAUCCUCAGCUUGUGGGUUCUGCCAAUGGAUUGAUUUGUCUUGCUAUCAAUCUAUUUUAUGGAUUAGAUUGCUUGAUUCUAUGGAAUCCAUCAAUUAGAAAGCAUAAGGAAUUGCCUAGUUGUAGACUUAAUCUAAACCGCCGUCACCAGGAGCAUGGUCUUCCUCAUUUCACUUUUGGGUUUGCAUAUGAUGAGUUCCAAAAUGAUUACAAGGUAGUGGGUAUUUUCCCUAUUUACAAGUAUGUAAGUCUUUUUCGUGUUGAGGUCCAAAUAUACAGUCUAAAGAGUGAUUCUUGGAAACGUAUUGAUGAUUUUAAAGGUAGAGAGCUUUUGGAUGAUUCUGCUAAGUUUGUGAAUGGGAAAUUUCAUUGGCUUGACAAGCAAUGGAACAUCAUUUCUAUUGAUUUGGCGGAUGAGAAAUGGGAAAAAGUAGAGCAGCCCUGCUGUUUUAAAAGAUGUGGAUUUUUGAAGCUAGGAGUGUUUGAGAGUGAUCUUUCUGUGUUUUGUAAUUACGCAUGGACUCAUGUUGAUGUCUGGGUUAUGAAGGAGUAUGGAGUAAAAGAAUCUUGGACAAAGAUGUUUACCAUCAAGUCUCCUGAAGGUUCUAGGGGACUGAUAUUUUAUCCAGCCAUUUUAAUGUCUAAUGAAGGUGAAAUUUUGCUUCAGUUUGGAUCACGUUUCACGAAAUACAAUCCAAAGGAUGACUCUAUCAGAUAUCUAGAUGUUGCUAACUUAGCUCCAUGUCUUGAGGUAGAAAUCUAUGUUAAGAGCCUAGUUUGUCCCUUUUACCGAUGAGACCACGAAUUCACCAACAACGGAGGCUGAAAUAAUUCUGAUGAAGACAAUCGUGUGACUGAUAGAUAACCUGUAAGAGUUACACUCUAUGCAUAUUUGUUAAAUGUUGUUAAAUCCUGCUUCAUAUUGCUUGGGGAUCUUGUUAGUCAAUUUCCUUUCUUGCCCUAUUUUCAAGAAAUGAUAAUCUUUUCCAAGAGCAGUUAUUUUGGUAGCAUUACUGAUGUAUUGAACUUUAAACUUAUUGUUACUGGAUGUCGUUGCUCUUGUUGAGAGCAGUUUUC